AGCUUUCGGUAGGAGUGGCAGUUAUCUUCAAUUUUGACGAGAACUACGGUCAUCACUUUUUCAAGUAGCACCAAUCAUUCAUUCUCAAGUGUACAAAACCAUCGGUCCGGUGUUGCGUUCGUAGGUCUUUGUGCGUCGUCUCUUGUUCGUACCGCUGUCCGUCCGCGCAGCUCUAACCGUUCGACGAGAGCCCCGGCGCCAAAUCACCCGGCAACAUGAAGGUAAGUUUUAACUUUUUAUCAUUUCGAAGGGGGCUACACGACGUUGUGUUGGUCUUGCUGAAGAACAAAUGCUGUCAUUGCAUGAGUAACAAACGCCAUUUUACUUUUUUGUCACUUUAUGUACUACUCCCCAGGGCGGCGGUGCGUCAACCGUCGGUGGGAACCCGCGACCCCCGAAAGGCGGCGGUAAGGACCACUACUACGGGAAUUCCCAGUCGUCGUCGGGACCGCGAGUGAACGAGCUGCACAACCGGAAUAAUAAGGCGUAUGGCGCCAGUUUUUCUGGCGGCUCGCAAGGCAACAACAUGAUGAACCUCAACAAUCCGCAGAACAAUUUAACCCCCGGAAUUUCCUCCCUCAGCGGAACCACGCACAGUGCCUCGAGCAGCUCGUCGGGGUUUGGCGGUGUUCAGCAUCAGGGCGGAUACAACGGCGGAGGUGCUGGGGGGUACAACCAGCAGAACUCCGGUGCUGGUGUGGGCAACAACACUAUCGGGAAUAAUGUGAAUGCGAACAACAAUGCUGUUGGUGGAAACAACUCGUCCAAUAACUUCGGUGGGAAUAAUAACAACAGCAGUAGCGCCGCGCAGAACAGUAGUUCCAGCUCCUCUGCGUCAAGCAGUAGCAGCACGAUGCAGGUGAACCACAAGCGUCCUGACCAGCCGAAAAACCGCUUCCCGUAUUUGAAGGACGGUCUCAUGCUGCACGGGAGAAUACGACGGAUUUGCCUGAAACACAACUACGGCUUCCUUGCGAGCGAAAGCUGCUACGCCGAUAUUCUGUUCACACUCUCGGACGUGUUGCCCCCAGAAGCGAAUGCAGACAAGGAUAAAAAACAGGAAAAAACAAGUUCCUCUUCGUCUUCCAAAGACGCCCCAGCUGCAGAGGCAAAAACGCCCGAAAAGGAUCGCGUCAGCCCGGAAGACAGUGUGUUGUCCUCGAAGUCGGCAUGCAAAAAUCCUGAACGAGCGGAAGAGGAGCAGAGCAGCGCCUGCACUGGAAACAGUAAAAUUCUACCAGAAAUAAAGGCAGUUGUUGACGCACCAGCGUGUUCCGAUGCAAAUGCGGGCGUGCUCUCGUUUCGGGAAAGCAGUAAGGGCUUUGCGAAUCGUCCAAAUGUGAUUGACUUGACGAACAAAGACGCGCCGAAGAGCAGUGCUGGGUUUCCCGACGGUGUCGACUUGAAAAAGGACGACGUUGUCAGCUUCCAGCUACAGGUCAGCGACCAUAAAGUUACACUGGUGCUGGAAUCGGCGCAGCGCCUAGGGGGUUCAGCUCAGACGAAGGAUGGUCUUGCCGAUGUUGAGCAAACCGAGAGUGUGCAGGCGACACCGAGAUCGAACGUGGUUGAAACGGAUAGUGCAGUAGUACCGCCAGCCACCGCAGGAGGAAGCAAGGCGAAGAGCCCUGCUGCGAAAGGGGACGAGAAUUCCAAUUCCGCCGCACCUGCGGAUGAUUCUGCAGAAAGUACAGUUGCAGACCCGAGUACCACGAGAACUCCGAAGAACACCACCAGCCCGGGUGGACAGGGCAAGCAAAAAGAGCAGGACCCAGCUGCGAAAGCCACGAACACGCCGGCCUUGCUGCGUAUUGGCGCCUCCACGAGUGCGGAAGCUGCGUCUUCGUUUCUCGGCAGUGUGGCGCAUUCUGUCUCCUCUCCCCUGGUCGCGGGUGCGUCCGGCGCGAAACUCGAGGAGGCUGCUGCGACUGCGUUUGUGAUUCCGCCCCCUGCCGCUCCGGCGGUGAUCGAAACGACUGUGAGUACGCAGUCGGAGGCGCGAAGCUCGGAGGUGAGUGCAGUAGGAGCGUCGAUUUCGGAGGAUGUGAAAAAUUUCGUCGUGGAUGCCACUGUACCUGCAGAGAAAGGAGCGGCGGAAGUGGAUGAUGUUGAGCAGCCGGAAAAGAUCGUUGCUCCAAGCUCCUCCGCCAGCGGGUCGAAGAUCGCAGCAACCACCACCGACGAACCGCCCGCCGCGACCAGUUCGGGCGCGGCCUCCUCCAGUUCCGUCGGCCAAGAGCCGGGCAGCGCACGCUCGUCCUCCGCGUGCUCUUCCUCCGCCGAGAGUAGCAGCGGCGUGUCCUCCAUCGACAUCAGCCGCAUCAUUCCUAUCGGAAGCAAGCAGCCGCCGCCCCCGAUCAGCACCAGUCUGGAUCCCAGUCCGGCGUUGCAACUGCACCCGAACAGCGCGUCUUCUACCGGCGCAGGUAGCUCGGCAAUCGUGCCGACCCCGGGCGGUGGCGCCAUUUCCUCCAAAGCCGCAUUUUCAUCCACCUCGCAGCACCAAACCCCGCGGCUGGCCGGCACCACUGCGGCUAGCUCCGCCUCCUCCAGUGCGGCGCUCACCACCACGCCGAACGGGACAACGAUCACGAAGGCUGUCCCCCAGCAGUCUCCUGCGCUACUCACGGCCACCAAUGUGCGGAAGUUACUCUCUGACGCCGACGUGCCGAAAUCCGAUGUGAACGGCGAUGGACUGCAGCAAGGGAAAGCGCGCCCAAAGCCGCACUUGAACCAAUUGCACCAGCCCUACAACUACGGCUACGGGUACCAGGGCUACCCCCAGGACGGGCGAGGGCACAAGUGGGACAACAACUGGGACAAGAAGAUGGGGACGGUGUUGCCGACGGAAGAGCUCUACAGCUGCUCGAAUGUCCUCGUGCGGAACGCCGAGCUGGCCGCCGAACCGGCCGUGGAAAUGUCGGUGGGGGCGCACCUGACCCGGAGCAUGGAUGCGAGCUACGACCCGAGGGCAAAUAACUAUCGCGGUGCGGGGGCUGCGGGGGACAAUUCUCGUGGUGGUCAACAUGGCGGGGGCUACAACCAGUCGGUACUAAGGUUUUUUCUUGUUUUGCACGCAGAGUCGUCUGCAGUGCUUGUAUAGUCUUGUUAGAUGCGGUUAUACGAGGGAGUACCCGCAGUUGCUCCUCUGUUACGUAGCUCUAGACACCGCAAAUAAAGAACUUCUGUUCGUCCAGGUUGGUGGCGCGUCGGAGGCUGCGAGUCAGGUAGCAAGUUCCGAGGCGGAUUCCUCACGCAAGGGCGGCGCCUUCGCUGGCUCGGGUUCAAGUGCAUCCUCGACAAACAACGUAGAAAUACUGUGCCUGCUGUCAUCCUGAAGACACAUCAGCGUUUUUUGUACGGCCUUGCCACAACAUGAUGAGCAGAGUACUCUAGCUUUGUGAAUUUAUUUCAGGACCAUAAUCCUUGAUUUUCUCGAUCUUUGCAUUAUUCCUGUGAAAUAAAUCAGGCGGCGCAUAGCAAGAAGACUGCACUGUCUGCAUUGGAAACCGCAUCGUCAGCGCCAGCGAUUCGACCGGCGAGUGCGAAGAGUAGCAAGCCGCCAGAAUUUGGUGAGGGCGAAGGUAGAAAUUUGUUGGAACAAGUCGUGAUGAAUUUAUCGUUGGACGGAAGGGAGUUCUUGAUAUGACUGCUACUUCCCCAUGUUUCGCAGCAAAAAGUACGGCAACUGCGCUUUUGCAAAGUGCAAAAACACUUUACAGCAGCAGCUUAUAAUCGUGGCAGCGAGGCGGGAGGAUCCUCGGCCUCCAGCAGCUCCGCCGAAUUCGUACCGCCACCAAGGCAGGUAGAGCUUCUUUUCAUCAAGAUUUUUGUGAAGAUAAAAAGUAACAUGUGAAAAAGCAUCCCUUUAGAAUUAGACUUCCACCGAAUUAUGUACACAGGACGAACUGAAAAUCAGGAAAAAGGAAAAUAAGCUGAAACUCGCGUAAGUAUCUCGCGAGAGCUUUGUGCGAUGAAAAUAAUCUUCUUGCAGGGCAUCUCUCCCCAGUAUGCGGCGUUCAACACGACAAAGGCGAACAUCAGCAAUGUCAUCAACCAGCAAUUCAUGCACCAGCAAAUGGGCGCGCAGCGGAAUCGCGGCUCGUCGAACGCAAACGCCGUUCCGCCGAACAAGCCGAACAGAAGCAUGAGUGAUCAAGCGCAGGUACUUUUUACAACCUUUGCUGAUUUUUUUCAAAUGUGUUCUUGGACCCGGAGAGGUUCAAGAACCUGUGUAAGUACAUUUUGGUGUUUAUUGCGGAUGAACAAAAAUCUUCAGCAUGAUUAUCAUCACAGGUCACCCCCAGCACAGCCGCAAUCCCGCAGCAGGAUGUUCGGGGCGCAGUGACCCAACUGGUGGAUCCCGCCAAGGGAAACUUUGUCGCCCCAGUUCCCACCGGGCCGACGAAAAUUCUGUUGCAGGGCCUGCACUGUUUCGUCGAUUUCAAGGUUGAGGAGUUGACCAUGAAGAUCAUGAAUAACGCUCCCGCGGUAAAGUGAUUUGUUACUUCAGAUACGUGUUUUAGUUUUUUCCUGAUGCACAAUCAAGAGCGGAUAUCGGGCUUCGGAAUGAGAAGUGGGAUAGAAGAUUAUGUACGCGAUCAUUUUUACGGUAUGAUCUUCAUCUUCCAUGUGACUAAAAGACUUCCACUUCGUGAAAACCUGUAUUAUGCAACACUACAACAGAGCGUUAACGCAGCGGCUGCCAUUGAUCACGAUCCCACCACUGAGCCAGCGCAAGUCGGGAGCUUGUUUGCAGUGAAUGUGCUACAGCUGGCGCAAGAGGUCCAAGCGCACCGGAUCCAGCAGCAAACGCUGUUUGAGGUACGAAAAGCGUUUUCUUCAUCACACUAAUGCUUCUCGUGAUACCAGAACUACAACUACUCUACUUCCUAAAAAGAAGGAAAAACCCUAUGAAACCCCAAUGAAAUUCAUUAUACCCAGGCCGAGCGGCAGCGCGCUAUACAGCAGCACAACGAGAUAUCCAAGAAAAAAACUGUGUUAGUGUAACUUUCUUUGGCUGACAGCAUCACAAAUUUGCUCUACAUGACAGAGAAAACCUGUCAUGCGUGGCUUGUAAGGGAAAAUACACACGAAAGAAGGACUUCAUGGCUGUGUGGCAUGACAGGUGUAACUCUAUUGCAUGUUCUGCAUUACAGAGUUACACUUGCACAGUUUUUUUCUUGCAUACGAGAACUUGAUGCGGCAGCAGCAGAGCCUGAUGCGGCACCAUAUCAAAUGCAAAUAUGUCUGGGUCUGGAAGAAUACGCGAUUUGUCAUGCACCUUUCCCAUGACCCAUGAGGUCUGGAAUGCAGGACCUAGCAUGACAGAUUCUGUGCGAUGUCUCUCAUACCUAUCCUGCAUGAGAAACUCCCUCCCGACUUGGUCAAAACUGGGCGACUUUUGGUAAUCAUGCAACACAGAUUUUUGCAUGCUUCAGAUUUGGCAUGACAAGUUGCAUUCUUCCAGACCCAGACACUUUUGCAUUUGAUACACCAGUCCAUGGAGCAGCACCAGGCGACGACUUCGGAGUGGAUUCCGAACACCGGCGCUCCGGACUGGUUUCCGCCCGCCAUGGAAAACACAUUCUUUGGAUAACAGAGUGACACUGCUUAUUUCCAUCGAAGAAUUCAUUUUUGGCCACCGUCGAUAACAUUUUGACAAGGAAAAACGUUCCAAACUGAAGCCUCCACAGCGGAGACGUCUUCUU